UUAACCAUACGAAUUCAACAUGGCGGCUCCUAGUAACUAAUUUGUGAUGGUAGUGAAACAAUGCUCUUCUGACGUCAAAAUGCCGGAAGUAGACAAAGAUCCUAGGAAAAAUAUAUUUUUCGAAGAGGAGGACCUUCCAUUUGAAGAAGAUAUACUCCGCAAUCCUUACACGGUGAAAUGCUGGCUGCGCUAUAUCGAGCACAAGAAGGAGGCCAGUGUCAGUGCCCUCAAUGUCAUCUAUGAGAGAGCCCUCAAGGAGCUACCUGGAAGCUACAAGUUAUGGUACCACUAUCUGAAGCUGCGUCGUCAGCAGGUCAAGGGAAAGUGUAUCACGGAGCCUGCCUUUGAGGAUGUGAACAGUGCGCACGAGAGGUCCCUCGUGUUCAUGCAUAAAAUGCCAAGGAUCUGGCUGGACAACUGCGAGUUCCUCAUGUCACAGGGCCUGAUCACGCGCACGCGCCGCACGUUUGACCGAGCUCUGCGCGCCCUGCCCAUUACCCAGCAUCCCCGUAUCUGGCCCCUGUACAUCAAGUUUGUCCGUAUGUACGACCUCAAGGAGACAGCUGUGCGGGUGUACAGAAGGUACCUCAAGCUGUGUAAAGAGAACGCGGAGGAGUACAUAGAAUACUUGAAGACGAUUGGUUGGUUGGACGAGGCCGCUCAGAAACUUGCUGACAUCAUUAACGAUGAGAACUUUGUGUCCAAGGAGGGAAAAUCGAAACACCAGCUCUGGAAUGAACUCUGUGACCUGGUUGCUAAGAACCCAGACAAAGUGACGUCACUCAACAUCGAGCCAAUCAUACGGCAGGGAUUGAAGCGCUACACGGACCAGAUAGGUGUGCUCUGGAAUUCACUAGCUGACUACUACAUCAGGGGCGGGCAUUUUAAAGGGAUGGGGAAGCAAGUUGAUGCCACUCAAGGGUUUAUACCUCUCCAUCAUCUGGCGUUUUGUUUUGUACCGCAGGCUCGGGACAUCUAUGAGGAGUCGGUGCAGACAGUGAUUACAGUGCGAGACUUCACGCAGGUGUUUGACGCGUAUGCCCAGUUUGAGAAGAACCUGAUCAGCGCCAAGAUGGAGUCCAUGGAGGAAAGCGGGCCUACUGAGGAUGAUGACCUUGAUCUAGAGUUGCGUCUUUCCCGCCUCAAGUCCCUGAUGGACCGCAGACCCCUUUUGCUGAACAGCGUGUUGCUGCGCCAGAAUCCACACAACGUGCACGAGUGGCACAAGAGAGUGAAACUGUUUGAAGGGAAACCUAGGGAGAUCAUCACCACGUACACAGAGGCAGUGCAAACCGUUGACCCCAAGCUGGCCUCGGGUAAACCUCACACACUCUGGUGCGAAUUUGCAAAGCUCUACGAAGGUGCCGACCAGAUUGAAGACGCUCGGGUGAUAUUCGACAAGGCCAUCAAAGUGGGCUACAAACAUGUGGAUGAUCUGGCCUCGGUGUACUGUGAAUGGUGUGAGAUGGAGAUUAGACAUGAGAACUAUGAGGAUUCACUCAAGAUUAUGCAGAAGGCUACAACACCGCCACCUAGGAGCGUUGCGUAUCAUGAUGAGACAGAGACCGUUCAGUCGAGGGUUCACAAGUCACUCAAGGUGUGGUCCCUGUAUGCCGACCUGGAAGAAAGCUUCGGUACUUUGAAGUCCUGUAAAGCAGUUUACGAUCGCAUCAUUGACCUACGUAUUGCCACCCCACAGAUCAUCAUGAACUAUGGACUGUUUCUGGACGAGAACAACUACUUUGAGGAGGCCUUUAAAGCCUAUGAGAAGGGUAUAGCCCUGUUCCGGUGGCCCAACGUUUAUGAUCUGUGGAACACCUACCUGUCCAAGUUCAUCGACAGAUACGGAGGAAAGAAGCUGGAGCGAGCUAGGGAUCUGUUUGAACAAUGUCUUGAGAACUGCCCACCAAAGUUUGCUAAAGCCAUCUAUCUGCUGUAUGCCAAGCUUGAAGAGGAUUUUGGGUUGGCACGGCACGCCAUGGCAGUGUAUGAUAGAGCUACACAAGCUGUGUUACCGGAGGAGCAGUAUGAGAUGUUUAAUGUGUACAUAAAGAGAGCUGCGGAGUUGUACGGAGUGACAUACACGAGGCCGAUCUACGAGAAGGCCAUCGAGGUUCUAACCAACGACCAAGCAUGGGAGAUGUGUCUGCGUUUUGCCGACCUGGAGAGGAAGCUGGGCGAGAUUGACCGUGCCAGGGCCGUGUAUGCCCACUGUUCACAGAUCUGUGACCCCAGGUCUACAGCAAACUUUUGGCAGACGUGGAAAGACUUUGAGAUCAAACACGGCAAUGAAGACACCGUUCGUGAGAUGUUACGCAUCAAGAGAAGUGUGCAGGCUUUGUACAACACACAGGUCAAUUUCAUGUCUGCCCAGAUGUUGGCAGUGGCUUCAUCCAAGGAAAACCAAGUAUUUGUCAGGAGCAACACAACAGACGAGGAGCUGGGUGAGAUGACCAAGACAACCAACCCGGACAAUAUCAACAUCGACGAAGACUUCUCCACCGAUGAGGACGAGGAGGUUGAAGAGGUCCAGCGGCAGUCUGUUCCCAUGGAGGUGUUUGGGGGCCUAGCAACAGAAGAAGACUAGUGCAGCAGACACCACACAUUAGUGGGCGUGCACCACCUCAGUCUAACACAUAUGCUGGUCAUGGCACCAUUUCCUGAUCACGGCACCAAUUUUCAUUUUUUACGUAUAACUUAUAUGCAUGUGGACACCACAAAUAGUGUUGUAAAACUUUAAAUCAACAGGUUCUCUUGAUAGUGAACAGAUAGAUGGCCUAAACAGAUAGUCAUCUCUUUAUCUAGAAGUAUGUUUAUGCCCCCCCAUCACUAUAGUGGGGGAAAUAUUGUUUUUGCUCUGUCUGUUGGUCUGUACGUCUUUUGGUUUGGUCAAACUUUAACAUUUGCCAUAACUUUUGCAAUAUUGAAGAUAGCAACUUCAUAUUUGGCAUGCACGUGUAUCUCAUGGAGCUGCACAUUUUGAGUGCUGGAAGGUCAAGGUCAUCCUUCAAGGUCAAAGGUCAAAAAAAAAGUCAAAGCGGCGCAGAAGGGGACAUAGUGUUUCUGACAAACACAUUUCUUGUUUGGAUUUCAAAUUGUGUGACAAAAGAUCUAUCAAUCAGUAAAUGUAUAGUGAAUGUUAGGUAAAAAAGAUGAUAUUUGCGCCU